GUGAAGCCGGGUGUGUGAGCUGGAACUCGGUGUUAAGCUGGUCUGCUGGCACGGGCUGGUUGGUCGGUUCGGCUGGUUGAUGGUAGCCAUGGCUCGACUCACUGCGCUACUGCUGCUACCGGUUCUUAUUGAAUCGGUAUUUUCAAUUUCCUUCUUUCUACCGGUGAACUCCAGAAAGUGUUUACGAGAGGAGAUCCACAAAGACGUCCUCGUCACGGGGGAGUAUGAAAUAAGCGAACAGGCGAACACCAAAACUAACCUGAAGAUCACAGACUCCUCCAGUCACACUCUUUACUCCAAGGAAGAUGCAACAAAAGGAAAGUUUGCAUUCACCACAGAGGACUAUGAUAUGUUUGAGGUUUGCUUUGAGAGCAAGUCCCCCAUGGGAACUGGAAGAGUGCCUGACCAGUUGGUCAACCUUGACAUGAAGCAUGGCGUUGAGGCUAAAAACUAUGAAGAAAUUGCCAAGGUGGAGAAACUGAAGCCUCUUGAGGUGGAGCUGAGACGACUGGAAGACCUGUCUGAGUCUAUUGUGAAUGACUUUGCUUACAUGAAGAAGAGAGAAGAGGAGAUGAGGGACACCAAUGAGUCUACCAACACACGUGUGUUGUACUUCAGCAUAUUCUCCAUGUGCUGCCUCAUUGGUCUGGCUACGUGGCAGGUCUUCUACUUGAGGCGCUUCUUCAAGGCAAAGAAGCUGAUCGAGUAGAGCAACCCCCCCCCCCCGCCGGCUCCUUAACGGGAGCAACGCUGCCCGCUGGUCAGCCAACACAUCCCAACAUCCUCCCUCCUCGGACUAGCUUCAGCAAAACAACAGCAAGCGGGGCUGAGGGGCUCAAAAUCUAGUUUUCAAGGCUGAGCGAGAGAGAGAGAAGUUUGUCCUCUGGAGAAAAAAAAAAAAAGAAAAAAGAUUCACCUGCUUAUUUAGUGGUUUGAAACAUGACAAGCGCUGUAGGGAGAAAUGCACUGUGAGACAUGGGAGAAUGUCACUGCACUAUAUCAGUGAGAUAUGUCCAUGGUACACAUUUCUAUCUGCACUGUUUUGACUGUUGCGGCUUACUGAAUAAGAACUUGUUCCUUCAAUCAGUUGAACAGUUUGAUUUUGAGCUCAGUGUGAAUGGAUGUGCCAUGAGAGAAUGUCUUUUGCCCUUCUGUUGAUACACAUAUUCUUUGCCAUGCCAAGCAAAACUAGAUCCUUGGUGCCCUUUUAUCAAGUGAAGGCUCUUUGAAAGCGUGGUUUGUUAUUAUUUUGACGAGACAAUUGGCAACCACUGAACAUCCGUGUUUUUGUCACUUAAUUUGCAUACAUGUUUGGUAGCUAAAUUUAACCGUGUCUUUAGUUUGUUUUCAUAUUGUAACUGCCACGUAGUUGCUUCUACUGGUGUAUUUUUUUUUUUUUUAUUAUUAUUAUUUUUUUUUGUUGUUGCAGGGGUUGUAAGUUGUCAGAGUAAUAUUUGCUUAUUUGUAAAUUAGGUCACUACUAUAAGCUCUUGCACGUUUUAAUUUAGUCUUUGCAAUAGUAAUAUCACCAAUCGGAAGUAGCCGGGAACCAAAAACCUUGUUCAGAUGGUCGUUGUGGCUCUGAGUAAAAACCCCCCACUUGAUACCUAUUGUACAUUCACAUGUUUUUGUGCAAGUCUUUCUUGUCAGAGCGCAGUGGAGGGAGGUUUUGACAAGAAAUAUAAGCCCAUCCAAACUUUUCCUUUCAGUUAUUUGCCCAUUUCCCAUUUUCUUUACACUGGUAAGUAUUCUAAUUUUACAGUCCUUGCAGAUCCAUCCAGCGUGCUUCUUUUUCACUAGAACUGUUAGAGGCUUGGGUUAUUUGUGGGUGGUUGCAGAUAUUGAAAUGGUUUUUGACUGGGAGUAAAUCGGGGCAUCUGUCAUGGGUACAUUUUUAACAAGGAACAUGCGCAUUGUGCGCAGUCAAUGAUUUUUAUGUUGACCGGUAAAUUUUGUAAAUUUGUGUUGGGCUUUUAUUCAAUAAAAUAUUGGAUGGAUUUACAUUA